AUGAAGUGGAAUAAUAUUCUCCACACAGUAAUCUUCCUUUCUCUUGCUGGACCUGGAAUUGUGGGAAAUAACCUAAUAUUUGCGAGACAUGUAUACAUGUCUGUCUUGGGCACUGAGAAAAAGCCUGUGGAUUUUAUUAUCAUCCACUUGGCAUUUUCUAAUAUGAUUAUUAUUUGUACCACGGGAAUCAGAGACAUAGCCACAGUGUUUUAUUUCAGAAACUUCCUCGGCGAUACUGGCUGUAAAGCUGCGGUUUAUCUGGCAAGGAUGGCCCGGGGCCUCUCCAUCUGCACCACCUGUCUCCUUAGCAUGGUCCAGGCUGUCACGAUCAGUCCCAGGACCACCCUUUGGACAAAGCUCAAACCACAGACCUCAUGGCAAGUUCUUCCCUUUCUCCUCCUCUUUUGGAUUGUUAAUGUUCUCAUAAGCUCCAACUUGCUCUGCUACAUCAAAGCAGGUGGUGGCUUGAACAUGUCUACACCCGGAACAUACAUUGGACAUUGCUAUAUGCUGCCAUCCAGAAAUAUAAUCAAGUGGCUUUUCCUCUCUCUCAUGACUCUUCGUGAUGUCACCUUUCAGAGUCUGAUGGGCUGGAGCAGUGGGUCGAUGGCUCUCCGUCUUUAUAAGCAUCAGAAGCGUGUCCUGUACCUUCACAGCUCCAGGCUUGAAAACAAUUCUUCUCCAGAAAUCAGAGCGACAUGGAGUGUUCUCAUUCUAAUGUCCUGCUUUCUUUUCUUCUAUUGGGUAGAUUUCAUUCUCUCCUUUCACACCGGUUUCACAGUGACACACGAUUCUCUUUCCCUAAAUAUUAAAACAUUUUUAGAACUUGGUUAUGCUGGUCUUAGCCCCUAUGUUCUGAUUAGCAGAGACAUCCGUGUUCCUAAUGUCUUGCAUGCUCAGUGA